CACUUUUUCAGCGUCACGUCGUAUUGACAGUUCAUAUUUGAAAUUCUGGCGCACAGAUGGAGCACAUACCUCCUGUACCGAUUUUAUUUCUCCUGUUGGGAAUCUUUAAUAAAGGUCUAGCAGCUGUGAUCCAAACCCAGCAGACGGUGUUAGCAGCAGUAGGAGAAGAUGCUCCUCUCAGCUGUCAGCUGCUGGAAACUAAAGACGUCCAGCAGGUCACCUGGCAGAAGGUCUUGGAGAAAACAGARAGGAAUAUUGGUUCCUACAGCCAGUAUUUUGGUGAAACAGUGAAUGAUGGAUUUAAAGAUAAAGUUCAGUUUACAGAAGCUGGACUGCAGAAGAACUCUAUAGUUAUCAGGAACGUUACAGAGGACGAUGCAGGAUGUUAUCUCUGUCUGUUCAACACAUAUCCUGAUGGAGCUCUGACAGCUGCAACCUGUCUGACAGUUUAUGAGCUGCAUGGACCCUUCAUUAACAUCAGAAACUCUCCUCCAUGGUCUGUUGUGACCUGUUCAGACACAGGUCAAUCUGCUCCCAUGGUAACACUGACUGUUCUCCAUCAGAAUCUCAGCUUCUCCCACUACAACACCAGCAGAGAGAUCAACACUAACGGUACCGUCACCGUCACCACUACAGCUCUGCUCUCAGCUCUCAGCAGCACACAGGUUGGAUGUUCAGUAUCAGUGGACUCUGCUGCUCUGAGAGAGCGACUGGUCACAGUUCCUGGACUCAAAAAGAUGCCUGAUUAUGAGUUUAAGAAACAAUCUAAUUUACGUCCUGAUGAGAGUCAGGAGGCUAAAGAUCUGAAAAUCCCCUUGAUCCUUGGAAUUGUCGCUGGAAUAGUUUUGACUUGUUGUGGUGUUGCAAUCAUCGCCCUCUGGAGACAUAAAAAUGUCAAAAACAGAGACGAUGAGAAUAACAAAACAUCACCAAGACAAGAACCAAUGGGCAGGAACAUGACACCUUUAAUGAAGCUGACGAAUGAGGUUAAACAGCGACUUUCUACCAAGAAAAGUCCAGAAAGCAACAACCUUAAAACACUUCCUUCAGCGGCAAAAAAACUGAUUUUUUGCCGCUGA